GUUUUUGACCAAUUUGAUUGUUUUGAAAAAAGAAAGGCUAUGACUGGGAGCCUUGGACUCUAGUACCAGCCCUGCUACUUUGUACUUCUAUAAUCUUGAGUACAAAAAAGCUUUAAACAAGUAAAAUCUAGGCAACAGGCUCCCUGAGGUAUUGACAUCCCAGCUUAAUCAUGAGCGUGAUUCAAAAAUGUUAAUAAAUAAACGAAGACAAUGGGGAAUUCAUAUGCUGGGCAACUGAAAUCUGCUCGGUUUGAGGAAGCUCUCCACAAUUCCAUAGAAGCCUCUCUGAGAUGUAGUAGUGUGGUACCACGGCCAAUUUUUUCCCAACUGUACUUGGACCCUGACCAGCAUCCAUUCUCACCUGCAGAUGUAAAACCUAAGGUGGAGGAUCUGGAUAAAGACUUGGUACACCGCUACACUCAAAAUGGAAGCCUGGAUUUUUCUAACAAUCUAACAGUUAAUGAAAUGGAAGAUGAUGAAGAUGAUGAAGACAUGUCUGAUUCAAAUAGCCCACCAAUUCCUUACUCACAAAAACCUGCCCCAGAAGGGUCUUGCACUACAGAUGGUUUUUGUCAAGCGGGAAAGGAUUUGCGUUUGGUGUCUCUGUGUAUGGAACAAAUUGACAUCCCAGCAGGAUUCCUUCUGGUGGGGGCUAAGUCUCCCAAUCUUCCUGAACACAUCCUAGUGUGUGCUGUAGACAAGCGAUUUCUACCAGAUGAUCAUGGAAAAAAUGCACUUUUAGGGUUUUCUGGAAACUGUAUCGGCUGUGGAGAAAGAGGAUUUCGGUAUUUCACGGAAUUUUCCAACCACAUUAACUUGAAGCUCACCACCCAGCCAAAGAAGCAGAAGCACUUAAAGUACUACCUAGUCAGAAGCUCCCAGGGUGUACUGUCGAAGGGACCUCUUAUCUGCUGGAAAGAAUGUAGAAGCCGACAAUCCUCUGCUACAUGCCACUCCAUUAAACCAAACUCCUCAGUGUCAUCUACUGUGGCCCCAGAAAAUGGCACAACUAAUGGAUACAAAUCAGGAUUCAUUCAGACAGAUUCGCCGAUUCUCAGUCCAGCUAAUUCUGCAAUCAAUUUAAGUGGAGCUCAGGACCUGACCCGGAAUAAGAACGUUGUGAAGCCACUGGCUUUAUCUUUGCAGGUUGUAGGGAAGACUUUUGCUGCAGAUGCUGCUAAUGGAAACAGUAGCCAUGGAGGGAAGAGCAGUACAUCAAGCUCCACGCCAGCCCGCCCAGGGAAUUACCCUUUGUCACCAAGACCUAGCUAUGCAUCAGGAGAUCAAGCUACCAUGUUCAGUUCUGGGCCACCAAAGAAACGACACCGGGGAUGGUACCCUGGGUCGCCUGUCCCCCAACCUGGUUUAGUUGUACCUGUUCCUACAGUUCGCCCCCUUUCAAGAACUGAGUCCCUUCUGUCUGCCCCAGUCCCACAGACCCAAUUAACUGGAAUUUUACAGCCUCGACCCAUUCCUGCAGGGGAAACUGUAAUUGUUCCUGAAAACCUGCUAAGUAACUCAGGAGUUAGACCAGUCAUUCUGAUAGGCUAUGGCACUUUACCCUAUUUCUAUGGAAAUGUUGGUGACAUUGUUGUGAGUCCUCUGCUGGUGAAUUGCUACAAGAUUCCACAGUUGGAAAACAAAGACUUGGAACAAUUAGGGUUAACUGGCAGCCAACUCCUGAGUGUGGAAAACAUGAUCCUUCUAACAAUACAGUAUCUUGUACGGCUGGGUCCUGAUCAGAUACCUCUCAGGGAAGAAUUUGAGCAAAUUAUGCUGAAAGCUAUGCAGGAAUUUACUCUGAGAGAGAGAGCCCUGCAGAUGGGUGCUCAGUGCACACCUGUGUCGCCAGGACAACUCCCCUGGCUGGCUAGAUUAAUUGCCAGUGUAUCUCAAGACUUGGUUCAUGUGAUUGUGACCCAGAACUCUUUGGCGGAGGGCAUUUCAGAGACAUUGAGGACUCUCAGUGAAAUGAGACACUAUCAAAGGCUACCAGAUUAUGUGGUGGCAAUUUGUGCAUCGAAAAUCAGAGGAAAUGAAUUCUGUGUGGUAGUAUUAGGUCAGCAUCAGUCCAGGGCUCUGGCAGAAAGCAUGCUCACCACAAGUGAGUUUCUAAAAGAAAUAAGUUAUGAGCUCAUCACAGGAAAGGUCAGUUUCCUGGCAUCGCAUUUCAAAACCACAUCAUUAGGCGAUGACCUGGACAAGCUGCUAGAAAAAAUGCAACAAAGAAGAGGAGACAGUGUUGUGACCCCUUUCAACGGUGACCUUCAUGAAUACGUGUCACCUCAGGAGGCUGCUGCUAUGAUCCCCACGCAAAACCUGGAUUUAGAUAAUGAAACCUUCCAAAUUUAUCAACCACAGCUUACAGUGGCCAGAAAACUCUUAUCCCAGGUGUGUGCUAUAGCAGACAGCGGCAGCCAGAGCCUGGACCUUGGCCACUUCAGCAAAGUGGACUUCAUCAUCAUUGUCCCGAGAUCGGAGGUUCUGGUCCAGCAAACUCUUCAACGGAUUCGACAGUCAGGUGUCCUUGUAGACUUGGGUCUGGAGGAAAAUGGGGCAGCUUAUCAAAGAGCAGAGAAAUAUGUUGUUCGUCUAGACAAUGAGAUUCAAGCCAAGUUCGAAGUUUUCAUGAGAAGAGUGAAGCAGAACCCGUACACACUGUUUGUGCUCGUUCAUGAUAACUGCCACGUGGAACUAACGAGUGUCAUUUCGGGCUCUUUGUCACACGGUGAACCUAGUCAUGGAUUGGCUGAUAGAGUCAUUAAUUGCAGAGAAGUUCUGGAAGCUUUCAACCUCUUGGUGCUCCAGGUUAGCUCCUUCCCAUACACUCUACAGACCCAGCAGUCCCGAAUCAGUUCCAGCAAUGAGGUUCACUGGAUACACCUGGACAGCACGGAGGACAUGAGCUGCGAGGAAAAGCUGUACUUUGGCUUGAACGAGUACAGUAAGUCUCUACAGUGGGGGAUCACAAGCCCACUUCUGAGAUGUGAUGAGACUUUUGAAAAAAUGGUGAACACACUCUUGGAGAGGUACCCCAGGCUGCACAGCAUGGUCGUCCGCUGCUAUCUUCUCAUCCAGCAGUACUCGGAGGCUCUGAUGGCUCUCACCACCAUGGCAUCCCUCCGAGACCACAGCACGCCAGAGACGCUCAGCAUUAUGGAUGACCUCAUCAGCUCCCCGGGAAAAACCAAAAGUGGGAGGGGACACAUGCUCAUUAUCCGGGUGCCUUCUGUGCAGCUGGCGAUGUUAGCCAAGGAGCGGCUGCAGGAGGUGCGAGACAAGCUGGGGCUGCAGUACCGCUUUGAGAUCAUCCUUGGGAACCCUGCCUCUGAAGUCAGUGUUGCAACUCACUUUGUGGCGCGAUUAAAGACCUGGAGAGGAAAUGAACCGGAAGAAUGGAUCCCUCGGACAUACCAAGAUUUAGAAGGUCUGCCUUGUAUUGUGAUAUUAACUGGCAAAGACCCUCUUGGAGAAACCUUUCCCAGAUCUUUGAAGUACUGUGACCUCCGGUUAAUUGAUUCAAGCUAUUUAACUCGCACGGCCCUGGAGCAGGAGGUGGGCCUGGCGUGCUGCUAUGUCUCAAAAGAGGUCAUCCGGGGGUCCACGGUUGCCCUGGACCUUAGUGGGAAGGAGCAGGAGAGAGCCACCGUGAGCGAGAAUGACUCUGAUGAGCUGCUGAUCGAUCUGGAGAGGCCCCAGAGCAACAGCAGUGCCGUCACUGGAACCUCAGGCUCCAUCAUGGAGAAUGGGGUGAGCUCUUCCAGCACCGCGGACAAGUCCCAGAAGCAGCCCCUGACCCCCAGCUUCCAGAGCCCAGCCAACAGUGGGGGGCUGGAGGAAGGGGUCUCCGCAGGCACAGCGGGAGCUGGGGAGACCCUGAAGCAGGAGUGUGAUUCCCUGGGCCCCCAGAUGGCGAGCAGCACCACCUCCAAGCCUUCGUCCUCCUCCUCCUCCUCCUCAGGUCCCCGGGCCCUCGCGUGGCCCGGCGGGGCUGUCCAAGGUUGCAGGGGUCUGCACACUGCCCUCCCCCCAACAGUGAUCCUAUCCAAAGCGGCCUACAGCCUCCUGGGCUCCCAGAGGGGGGGCAAGCUGCCCGCCUCCUCUUCCCUGCUGCCCCACGCCGACGUGGCCUGGGUGAGCUCCCUGCGGCCGCUCCUGCACAGGGACAUGAGCAGCGAGGAGCAGUCGCUCUACUACAGGCAGUGGACCUCGGCUCGGCAGCACCACGCCGACCACAGCAACCAGCCCGACCCCGGCUCCGGCGCCCGGGCCUGCCACCCCCGACGGCUGCUGCUGACCGGGCCCCCCCAGGUGGGGAAGACGGGCUCCUAUCUGCAGUUCCUUAGGAUCCUCUUCCGCAUGCUCAUCAGGCUCCUGGAGGUGGACGUGUAUGACGAGGGCGAGAUCAACACAGAUCACAGCGAAAGCAGCGGAGUGAGCCAGUCCGAGGGAGAGCCCUGGCCUGACAUCGAGAGCUUCAGUAAAAUGUCCUUUGACAUCAGCGUGCAUGAUCCCAAGUACAGUCUGAUGAGCCUGGUAUACACUGAGAAGUUAGCAGGGAUCAAACAAGAAGCAAUAAAGGACUCCAAAAAUGAAGAGCCCAGGAAACGAGAAACUGUGUCUAUGAUGCUGACCAAAUACGCGGCCUACAAUACCUUCCACCACUGCGAGCAGUGCCACCAGUACAUGGACUUCACCUCCGCCUCCCAGAUGUCUGACUCCACCCUUCACGCAUUCACGUUCUCUUCCUCUAUGCUGGGAGAAGAGGUGCAGCUCUAUUUCAUCAUUCCCAAAUCCAAAGAGAGUCAUUUUGUCUUCAGCAAGCAGGGCAAACACCUGGAGAGCAUGCGGCUGCCCCUGGUUUCAGACAAGAAUCUGAAUGCGGUCAAGAGCCCUAUUUUCACUCCUUCCAGUGGCCGCCACGAGCAUGGACUCCUAAACCUCUUUCACGCCAUGGAGGGCAUCAGCCACCUGCAUCUUCUGGUGGUCAAAGAAUACGAGAUGCCGCUGUAUCGCAAGUACUGGCCCAACCACAUCAUGCUGGUACUUCCCGGCACGUUCAAUAAUGCAGGCGUGGGUGCUGCCAGGUUUCUCAUUAAGGAGCUGUCAUAUCACAACCUGGAACUGGAGAGGAACCGCCUGGAAGAACUGGGAAUUAAACGACAGUGUGUCUGGCCUUUCAUUGUUGUGAUGGACGACUCAUGUGUCCUGUGGAACAUUCACAGUGUUCAGGAGCAGACCAGCCAGCCCAUGGAAGCAGGGGUUUGCAGUAAGAAUGUGUCCUUGAAGAGUGUUUUACAGCACAUUGAAGCGACACCAAAAAUCAUCCACUACGCAAUCCUGGGUAUACAGAAAUGGAGCAGCAGGCUAACUUCCCAGCAUCUGAAGGCCCCCUUCUCCAGGUGCCACGUGCACGACUUCAUUCUCCUCAACAUAGACUUGACUCAGAAUGUGCAGUAUGACUUCAACAGGUAUUUCUGUGAAGAUGUUGACUUUAACUUGAGAACAAACAGCAGUGGCCUGCUCAUCUGCCGCUUUAAUAACUUCAGUCUCAUGAAGAAAUACAUUCAGGUUGGAGGGCAAAGGGACUUUAUCAUUAAACCAAAGAUCAUGGUGUCAGAGAGCUUAGCACCCAUCUUGCCCCUUCAGUAUGUCUGUGCUCCCGACAGUGAACACACAUUACUGGCAGCCCCUGCCCAGUUUCUCCUGGAGAAGUUCCUGCAGCACGCCUCAUACAAACUCUUCCCCAAAGCCAUCCGUAACUUCAAGAGUCCCGUGUUAGCUGUUGACUGCUACCUUAACAUUGGACCGGAGGUGGCUGUAUGCUACAUCAGCUCCAGACCCCACUCCAGCAAUGUCAACUGUGAAGGGGUGUUUUUCAGUGGACUCCUCUUGUACCUCUGUGACUCUUUUGUAGGUGCUGAUCUUCUUAAGAAAUUUAAGUUUCUAAAAGGUGCUACCCUGUGUGUCAUCUGCCAAGACAGAAGCUCCUUACGCCAAACAAUUGUCCGCUUAGAACUAGAGGAUGAGUGGCAGUUCCGUCUCCGGGAUGAGUUUCAAACUGCUAACAGCAGUGAUGACAAGCCCCUUUACUUUCUUACUGGACGUCACGUAUGAGCUUUUGAAGAGACCAAAAAUAGCAUAGGGAUGCCUAGGUGGGGUGGCGCAGAAACAAUUAUUUUGGUGGGUUUUUUUCCUUUAAAGUACAAUCACUGUGGAGCAAAGUGCAACAUAUUUGUCUCUUCUCCAAAGAACACCCCAAAUGUGACCCAGGUCUUUGGGGGCAUUACUCCCUUUCAGUUCCAUUUCAGGACCUUACAUUCAGGUUAACUCCACCCUAGGAAGUUAUGCAAUUACUUAAGACAUGGUCUGCCCACGGAGCCUGCGGAGGAUAUACUUUGGAGAACGAACAUGGAGUUUGCAUUGUUUCCUACUACGGUAUGUUAGGGGGAAGCUCUCAGCAUUAGCUAGCCUGAAUGUGUUACAUGAGACACCGUUGGUGUGGAAUUAAUUGAAGAUUAACGUUUGAGGCCUGAACCCUCAGUUUCUCUUCAGAUCUGUACUUUGGUACAGUAUUACUCAGGGGUCUGAAAUGAUAGAAUGUAGAAGAUAUUUGUAUUUAAAAAAGAAGUAGCUCUGUCUCUCUCUGUGCAGUGUUAGUUUAAAAUUUAUAAUCUUAUAUGUAUUGAAACUUGGCAAAAUUUCCACAGGAGUUAAAAGUUUACUAUUUAAACUGAACAAACAAAUCAGUAAAUGCAGAGCAGGCACUGUGUGUAUAUAGCAGCUUCUUCUUGCUUGAAGUCCUUUGCUUUUUCCAUUCUGUAAAAAUGUUUCCAAUCUCCAAGCACACCAUGUCUAUGAGAAUAUGGAAGAGUGAUUAAUCUUGUACAAGGAGAACCUGAUUCAGUAGUUGAGCCUAUUAAGAAGCUUUUAGCAGUCACCCCAUACCCACCCUACUUGGUUGGAAUUAAGCAGUUGGCACCAGCAAAGCUAAAUGUCAGGCAAAGGUUCUGUGGCAUUAGUUUGUUUCCUUUCAGGGACUCAAAGCUUCCUUUAAAAAAUACACUUAAUGAAUAUUUUAGCUGUCUAUACUGACCACAACACAGAAAUUGCUGAAAUGGGAAAUGAGGUCACAGAAAGAGGCAGAACUGGCUUUACUUAUUCCUACCAGUGAUUCUUUUGUAAGGAGUAAGGACGAGUCCAUGAAAAGGUCUUUAACUCAUUAAAACCAGCAAGGGGUGUUGAGUAUCAAUAGUAGGCGGCGUAAGUUUCUAUACAUUUCUCACCAUUAUUUUAAAAGCAAAAACAGAUUUUAGCAAAUGUUCUACAACUAAGUCUAUUGGAAGUUAACUCUCAAAUUACUCCAAUUCUCAUCACACAAUCUCUUGGCAUUUUUCUUAUUAGCCCAUAUGUACCACUUUAUCCCCUUAAAAUGGCCAUUUUUACUUGAAUCAGGUAUCUUAUUUGUGGCCUGAAACUACUGAGAGGGGGUCUACUAAGCCUGCAUUUACUUAGAACAAAUAGUGUUAAUUGACCAGUUUUAUUAGCUUGUGAUAACAAGGAGUUUACAGCUAGUGAAAAGAUGGAAUGUACUAAUCUAAAAAUGGUUUGCAGAUCUCUUGGUUUUAAUAUAGCUACUUAUGAUGCUUUAACUAUAUUUUGAAUGAACAAUUCUUUUAAGCCCCAUUUUUAAUUGUCCUUCAAAGAGGAUCUGGUCUGCCUUAUAUAUGCUUUAAAAAUACUCCUUAAAUUUAGUACUACAGAAUUUUUGGCAGAGGUACGUUUUUGAAGCAGGUUAAUUUAGAUAUGAAUGUAUUUCAAAUGUUCCUGUUUGGUUGAAAGGGCCUAAUGCAGGUGAUAUCAAGAAACCCACUAUUUGUGCAAUAUUCCAAUAAUGUUACUAUAUAGGGCAAAUAAAAUACUUGAAAUAAUUCUAAAACAGUUGUACCUGGGGCAGAUGGCCUCUCAGGGUUUCUUCUGGCUUUAUGGCUUCAUAGUCUAAAUAAGAUUUUUAAAAGUAGUUACUUUAGUGCAGGUACUCCAUAUUAGUUAGGGCUGCACUCUGAAACAUCAAGUGAUUAUAAAUACUAUUUAACCCUGUGGAAGAGAAAUACCAGAAUAAAGCCAAAAGAUCAUCACCCCAAUGAUAGACAAUUCAAGUUGACCUGCCGAUUCUUUUCAAUGCCUAUCUUACUGAGGUUUGAAUCUUAAAAUCACCUUAUCAGUAUAAUUCUUUAGAGAAAGUUAGGUCCUUCUCCUUUAAGGAUAAAAUUGCACAAGCACAGGACACCAUGAUUUGUUAAUACAUACCUUGGUGUGUUCAGCUUCGAGCCUUGCCAUUCCUUAGAACAUUGUGGUAUGAAUGUGUUCUCUAGGCCUCCCUAAUUAACCUACAGACCUAUAGAACCAUGACAGUUCAUACAGGUUAAUACUGAAUGUAAACUAAAAUUAGAACAAGAGUUGUUGUAUUCAGUUUUUUUGGCUGUAAUUUAUGCAAUUGCUUUUUGUGAUUUUUUUUUUUAGAAAAGCACCUGUGUUAACUUUAUUACUGUAAAAUUUUAACCAAAAAUUUGGUGAAUUUCACUAGUCAGUCUACCUCACAUUUUGUUUAUGAUUUUAAAUUGUCUUAAGUCGUGUCUACAGUAUGUUCCUGUCCUUCCAUUUAAUUUGGUGAAUGUAUUAAAAUUCUCUCACACCCAAAA